GUGUACGCGCAUAGUUUAUGGGAACAUCAAACGCCGAGGGAACGGAAAGAUGGCGGCCGAGCGGUAAUUUCGUGAUGCAUGGGAUAUAGUUUAUAAAUGGGGUGUCUCGCGUUCCCAAGGGAUACGUCGAAGCCGUAAUAUUGUCGUGCGAUGUGAUCGCGUUGAUCACGACCGUCCCGUGGAUAUAAACCGUGUCAAGAACGGAAGGGCAACGAAGCAGAAGGACGGAGAAGAGAGAAGGAGACUAUAGAAAGAGAACGGGGCACCCAGUUUAUACGUAACGAGUGUGUUGAAGCGGUUCAUUGCUCCGCUCUGACUUGUCGUCAAGAUGGAUUGGGAGUCGAUCACGGUGGCGAACCUUCACCUGACGACCACCGAGCAACUCUACUACGAAACCGUUUACGGUGUAUUAUGCGAAAAUGCUGACAGCGAUAGCGUGCCGGUGAUCAAAGUUGUCGAGCUGCUACGUUCCUCGAAUAUACCAGGAGUUGUCACGAUGAAGAUACUGGAUAUCUGUGUUGGGACUGAAGCAACUUAUAUUGGCACGCAUAUUGGGAAAAAACAGUUUUACGUACUAUUGAAACUUGUGGCAGCACAUCAGUCUGGGCUUAACAUCCGUAAAGACAUAAUUACCAUGCCUUUGGAUGUUCGUUUGCCGGAUUUUAUUUGGCCAACACCAGCAGAUGAAGAUGGUAGAAGGAGUUCUGAUUCAAAUAGGGCUGUGAAAGGUCGACGGCAUGCUUCCGAAAGUACUACAGAAAGUGAAAGUGAAGCAGAAUCUCCAAGGGAAACUGGCGGUAGUACAGAUUCGCCAACGCCAACAAAUAGUGUAAUACCAGAGAGAAACAAUGAUAUAGGUGGUGAAACGAUAUUAGAUUUUGUAUCAGGGGGUUGGCAAGGAUUAUCUGAAGAAUCAAGGCAGCUAUUAGGAACAGAAGAAGAAAGUUCGGAACGUCAUAGCAGCGACGAAGGGGAUGGAGACGGCGACUAUUCUUUUUCACCAAAAGUAUGGAUAAUUACUGACGAGCAACGUGAAUAUUAUACAACUCAAUUUAAGCAGCUAGAACUCGAUUCCGAUGGACUUUUGCAUGGACCUGCAGCUAGAACAUUUUUUCGAAUGUCUGGGCUUCCUCGCAGAGAGCUUAGUCACAUUUGGCGAUUGGCAGAUAUAACUAAGGAUGGGGCGUUGAAUUUAGAAGAAUUUUUUGUAGCUAUGCAUCUUGCUGUGUUACGAAGAAAUCGUGUGCCUCUUCCCGCUUUGUUACCUCCACCCUUGUUAAUCCCUCUGCUUAGGCAAAAGAGUGAUCAUCCCCCUACUCCACCGAGUACAACCGCUCAACAAAGUCCGCCAAAUUCUACGGGUACCUGUGAAAAAAAUAAAGAAUGGACAAAAUUUGUGGACUCGCCGACUGGAACUAGUAGUUCUCUAACUAUUCCAGGCCUGCAGCUAGUAAAUUUUGAUUUUCAAAAGUCUGCUGUGGAGAAGGAUCCUAAAAUUCUCCAUCCUGUACCAUUGCGUUUAACACCCGAGGCAGCUAUUCUCGCGUCUGGAGCAAAUGGUAAUAGUAAUAGUUGCACUACAUUAGGAGAUGAGGAUCUCCAACAUACUGCAGCUGCAUUGAUGCAACGAUCUCAGAUAAAAAAACCACCCACAGCUUCUGAAGAGGGUAUUAUCGUAACUCCGAAGAAGGAACCACCACCUCCACCACCACCCAGACCAUACAGAACACAUGCAAGAAGUUCUAGUCUUGAUCUUAAUAAAUUAGGGAAAAAUGGUCAAAGUUUCCUUGGAGCACCUCCAUUAGUUCCACCAAGAAUCUCUCCUGGAAUUACUUCACCUCGUAAAUUGGUUGGACAAAAGAGUGAGGGAGAGGGACAAAGAACCCUAAGUGACAAUCAAGAUUUUGUUGCUGAUUUUUCUCACUUUUCCCCAAAGAGCGAACUGCCUGAAAAUCCACAAUUGGAAACCAUUACUCCACAAUCACAGCAAUUUACCGGUGUCUGUGGUGCAUUUCAUAUUUAUAGAAAACCUAGUCCAAAACGCGAAGGGGGAGAGGAGGACACUCCUAAGGACGAGGUAGAAGAGUCAAAGAAGUUAACGUUACAAGAAUUGCGAGAGAAGAACACUGAACUGCGAUUAGUCUGCGAAGAAUUAACACGAGAAUUAGCCAGCGCGCUCCAGGAACGUAUAAAUCUUCGUGCAAAACUCUUACUCUUAACAUGAUGUAAUCUGUUACCAUUUGUGAAUGCUCCAAACUGUGAAGUACCGAUUUUUCCUAAAUUGAUCGUAAUUCAUGUAUUUGAUAUAUCACUCUAGUGUAGAAUUUUUUCCUUUUUCGAUGAGAUCUUGUGUAUUCAUAAUAGUUAGCGUAACCAGAAGUUAAUAUUACAAAAGGAAUAUCAAUAGAAACUAUAUACAAAUCUAUUGGAAGAGUUAACUAUUCGAUCUGUUUUUAUUGCCGUUGAUGUUUAAAUAUCUGUUUUGCUUCGAACGUAUAUUUAUACAUUUUUAACCCUUCGCGAUCACAACGCUCCCGGGUGAGUAUUCGAUUGAUCAUUAUUAUUAUUAUUCAAAAUUACUUUGAUUAUUUAUGAUUAAUACUGCGAUUUAAAUAUUAUUGUCAUAAAGAAAGGUAAGUUUCCAAUAGGCUGUAGUUGCUAUAUUUUAUAGCUGAACAAAAUCAAUACUGCCGACGAGCGUGACAAACUGCCACCGGACCGCUAAGGGUUAAUACUAUAAUACAGUGGUUCUUAACCAAGAUUCUUGGUCUCUUUGGGCUCAUGGCACAAUUUAGAGAGAGAAAUACCUGGCACAGUUCUUAAUCUUGAAUUAUUAUAAUAAUAAGAGUACAAUAAACUGAUGCUUGGUUUGGACUAAAUUUCCCGACUUGCUACUAAACGUUAAGAAUCAUUCUUACAAUGGUAGAUAUUAAUAAGAUAAUUACAAACAUUUUUCGAUUAUGUUUCAUUUAUAAUAUACACAUUUCUUUUUCUAUUUUUUUGUUUAAUAUUAAAAUAGCAUUAAUUAAAGUAAAAUUCCUUAUGGUUACGCUAUAAUCCAUGUUUAAUCCUUUCCCGCCCGCAAUUCCAGUGUGCAUUAUUAAGAGUAUGAGUACAUGAAGUAUAGUACAUCUGCCCACUCUAACAUUCAAAUGUUACAGCAUUUUAACGUUCGAUUCCUUUUGAGAACUUCUAUUUUUUAUGCAUAGUAUUGUGCUGAAUUGCAAAAACAUAGUUCUUUGUAUAUACAUAAAAAUCUUUUAAAAGUUGAAUGUUUACAUCGAGCCAUAGAGUGAAAAAGCUUGAUAAUUAUUGUAAACUGCAAUUUAUUAUAGAACAUUGUAAAAAAAAAAAAAAAAAAAAGAAA